AAAAGGAAGAUAAAGAUGUUGCUACUCAGGCUGAUUGUGACACUGGUCGCGUGCUGGAUCGUCAAAUGCGACCUGUUGGACCUCUACGUCCAGCACAUGGACGAGACCAUGAGGACGAUGCUGUACAGAAGUAAGCGGCAUCCCAUGGAUCCUGUUAGCAGGAGAAUAAAGAGGGGCCUCUACUCCUCGGACGAGCCGCUACUCAAGAUCGGUACCUUCAAGAAGCAGCGGUUGGACGUCGACGAGAAUUGGUUGAAGCAGUGGAAAGCCAAGAAGAAGAUCGUCCCUUAUAAGAAAGACGCUUUGGACUAUUCAAACAAACGGGAGGAGAACCCGAGUCCCGACCAGCACGAAAUAUUCUCAGACGUGAUACAAAAUUCGAAAGACUUCGAGAGGACAUCGACCGUUCUCGGAGACGCUGCUGAAAAUUCGCAGCUGAACGAAUUCUCGCAGGAUCCGAUAAUUGAGGAACGAGAGGAAACUUCAGUGGCUGGACUGACAACAACGGAGGAUCGGACUAACGUCGAGGAAAUUCUCGUCGAGGAUCUGGAAAGAAGAUUAUCCAAAGAAGGAUAUCCGGAAGAAAAGUGGAAGGAUUCCGAAGAAAUACAGAGCGAGGAUAACUCGCAGUUCGAGAUAAUCAGCGAGAACGAGCGGAUCAAUCCGAAGCCGUUUGUCGGUCCGAACUUGAAGAGGACGCCAAGUAGCCGGGUGCCGAAGAAAUAUUUUCCGGAGAAGUAUGCGCGAGAUGCGAAGAGCCACGCGAAGGACGAGACGACGACGAGAUCCAGGAGGAGUGCGCACCAAGACGGAGUUCAUCACCACGACGGCCUCUUGUCUGGCCUCUUGGUGAGAGAGAGGAAAUUCACCAGAUAUGAGAAGCUGGAUGAGAACGGUGACGUGAUCCUCGAGUGGGAUCCAGCGGACGAGCACAAUGUUCUCUUCAGGGUCACCGCCAAAACCCUCGGCUACGUCGGCAUCGGUUUUAACGAGAAGAGCAGCAUGAAAGGCGCCGAUCUCGUGCUCGCUUGGGUGGAUGAUCACACCGGCGCUGUCAAUCUACUGGACUCACACGGUAUCGAGACGAACGGCCCACCGCUCGAAGACGUAUCCCAGGACGUCCAUGCGCUCAGCGGCUCACAAAACGAGACCCACACCACCGUAACGUUCAGGAGGAAGUGGCAGACGUGCGACCCUCAGGAUCGUCAACUCACGGGUGAUACCAUCUGGGUACUGUGGGCUCUGCACGACGUCGACCCCGAAUUAAACACGGCUCAGUGGCACGGGCCUAGACGAGGUGGAAGGCCUUUGAGGCUGAAGACAGCUGCGGCACAUUCUCCACCGCGAGAUACUCGUAAUGUACGGCACUGGGACGUGAAGCUGAAUCAGUUCGAUGUGGCCAACCAUACGGAUACUAUCUACUGGUGCAAGAUCUUCAAGACCUCCUUGCUGAAGAAGAAACAUCACAUGAUAGGGUAUACACCGCUCGUGGAGAAGGCUAACGAGGAUCUGGUCCAUCAUGUAAUUCUGUACGAGUGCGCGUCGACGGAUCCGAUCCUCGGCGAACACGCCAGGAUCGCCGGCGCUCGCUGCUACACCCCGACGAUGCCGCGAGAAUGGGACUCGUGUCUGCAACCCGUCCUCGCGUGGGCUCGUGGCAGUAAAGGAGAAUGGAUGCCGGAGCACGUCGGUAUACCUAUAGCGGAAAACGGCGAGAACUCGUACUAUAUGCUGGAAGUUCACUAUAACAAUCCGACCAUGAGGAGGGUGACCGACAGCAGCGGGAUAAGAAUUCACCUGACUCCGAAGCUGCGGUCACAGGAAGCAGGCAUUCUCGUGACCGGCGUGGCGGUGAGCCCCCUUCAUCUGGUACCCCCGCAGCAAAAGGAAUACGCCACCGCUGGAUAUUGCACCCCACACUGCACCAACACGAUGCUCCCCGACGACGGCAUCAAUAUCAUAUCGGUCGUCUUGCACUCGCACUUGGCCGGCCGACGUCUCACCCUGAAACAUGUACGACGAGGUAAAGAGUUGCCAAGGAUAGUCCAGGACAAUCACUUUGACUUCAACUAUCAGCAGUCCCACACUCUGGAAAAAGAGGUGAAGGUGCUGCCUGGCGACGAACUGAUUGCGGAAUGCGUUUACGGCACUCUGGACAGGAAGAAACCGACCGUAGGCGGCUACGCGGCUACCCAGGAAAUGUGUCUGGCAUUCGUCAUGCACUAUCCCAGAACACCUCUCGCUGCCUGUUAUAGUAUGACGCCUGUCAAGGAGCUCUUCAGGAUUCUCGGCGUAAACAGUUUCCGGGGGGUGACGAUGGAUUACUUGGAGAAGCUGUUCCUAACAAAUGGGUCUGACUUGAUUUCGCCCUCGACGAAUCAGCAACAGCUAUUUGGUUAUCCGGUCAUAAAAUCGACCGAUGAGAUCGAUAAGACUGUUGUUAGAGAAGCUGAGUUUGCGUUAAGGGCGAUGAGAGAACACCCGGAAGACAAUGAGGACAAUAACGUUUACUCGCGACUCGUCAUUGAAGAUCCCGAAGAAUUUCGAGGUCGAACUAUGGCCGAACAUAUGUUAGCUUUACCGUGGACGGAGGAUUUGCUCACGAGAUCGAUAGAAGAUAAUCUUUAUCACGGCAAGCACAUGACAUUCUGCAGAAAGAGGGAUGACCAAUUAGCGCUGCCGGCAGAUAUUCAAAACUUCCCGAAUUUUACGGCGCUACCAGCAGCGAAUAACACGCUCUGCAAAGAGAUGAAGUUCUCGUCUGGCUCCUCCAAAGUUUUCCACACCCACUUGAUGAACCUGGUCACUAUUGUCGUCGCAUCAAUUAUUACUAUUGUCAUCAUGUUGUAAGAAGCCUUGAGAAGCGAAUAGUCAACGACUGUAUGGCGAAUGCGAUUCGCACCGUCACAAUUACGCGAAUACUAUAAAUACGGUUUCCGUCACGAAUGUUUUCUGUACAUUUUCAAAUUUGCAAGCCUGAUUAACUUAUUAAUUUAAGCGAUGUUACUUUAUAAGACGAGCGAUUUUCUCGAACGAGCAUCUACCGCUCGAAACAAGUCGGGAUAUUCCUAAAGUAUUAGGUGCCCGGUCUUUUUUUUAAUUUUCGUUGAACCGGCACACUAAGCGUUGAUAGAUAAAUAAAUAUAUAUAUAUAUAUAAAUAUAAAUAUAAAUAUAAAAGUAUAUAAUAUAAUAUAAUGUGUAAAUAUAUAAUAAUUCUUAUUUAUAAGUCGUGCACUUUCUUCUGUUUUACCGUUUUGUAAUACGUGUCUCUUGUAUAAAAAUAAAUGUUUAAGCAAUUUUUUUUAAA